UUUUCUUAUUAAUAAACACUCAUCUCAAUAAAAUUUAUCAAUCCAAAAUGGCUAGCUAGAAAUUAGCGCAUUCAUUGCCGCUAGUAGUAUUUUCUAGCCAAAUAGUGUUACGGGUAGCACCUGAGUGACCAACGGACAAAUGAAAUGAAACAGAGCAAUAGAAAAAGUAACAAAGCAAACAAAGAAUUAAGGUGAGUGAGACAAGAAAAAGCUCUAUAAGGCAAUGAGUGUAAUAGGCAACAAGGCAAAGGUGUUUAAAAACAAUCUAAAAAAGGGCAAUCCUCCUCCUAUCUCUGCACGGCUGCACCUAAGGUAGAUUAAAUUGGCAAGUAACAGAGGUGCAGAAAAAAAAUACCAAGAAAGAUGAACAUGAAAAAGGAAAGGAGAGAAGGACUCUACAAUGCUCUGUUUAUGGUGUUGAUAAGGAAAAUUUGGAGCAUUAGUGUGUAGAAGCCAAGGAUAAAAAAUAAGAAACCCAUCACACCAACCACUCUCUUUCCCUCUCUCUAUAAUGAAAGACUCAGGAGAAAGAAAAGGGAGACAGUGAAGACCUUAAUAAUCCAUCUUCAAACCCUUUCUCACCACCAACAACCACUCACAACCCCUAGCUUCCAUAGUUCUCAACUUUCAAGCCGAGUUCCGCCAUCACCGACCCUCUCAGCGACCCAGUCGAACUCCGGCAACCACCUAGCCCAGCCGAGCUCCGCCGUCCGGUUCUCUCUCUGUCUCUGCCUUCUUCUCUUUUAUGUCAUCUCUGUUCAACAUAGUGGUGGCAAGCACAACAGGGGACCUUCGUCGUUCUACAUUGUCUCUGAUUGCAUUGUCACGAAUCAAGAAAUGGAAGCUAUUGGUAGUUGCAGUGAUAGACCCCCAAAAAGUUUUUCUAUUCCUAUAGACUUGAGAGAGGAACACAUGAGACUUCCUGCAUUUUUUUAUGGAAAGAAAAAGUCUCAAAUUAAGAAUGAUGUUGAGCUUACUGAUCCCAUGGGCAACUGUGUGACAAUUGGGGUAAUGACGGGAAGUUCAGGAGUUGUUCUUUGGGAUGCUGUCCCUAAACUAGUGAAGUUUUAUGGACUGAAAAAGAAUCAUGAUAUGGUAUUUGUUUAUGAAGGGGAAAAUCGUUUUAGAAUUGAAAUUUUUGAUGAAAACAAGAAACAUUUUCCAUAUCCAAUUCUUGUUAAACAAGAGUAUGAAGAACCACCAAAAGAGAUAGUUGAUUUGAGUUCUGACACUGAGGACGAGGUUGAGAAAGCUGGUGGAGUUGCCAAUCGUGUUCAUGCAGUUGCCCAGGUUGAUAAUCAAAUUGAUUAUAGUUUUACUAAAGUUGUGACUACCUCAGUUGCCAAAGGAAGUCAGACUCUGCCCUUGCCGCGGUCUGUUAUUCGUGAAUAUCUUAGUCAUAACAAUUGGGAAAAUCUGGUGCUGAAGAAGGAGGGUGCUAAGAAACCGUAUCGUUGCAAGUUGUUUGGGAGGAAGAGACUUCGGUUCACUGAUUAUCAUCUCGGUGGGGAUGGGCUUUAUCACUUUAUUAGUGACAACAAAUUAGCCGAAGGUGACCGCCUCCAUUUCACGGCUAAUGAGAUAAAUAAUAUUGUUCAAGUUAAGAUUGUACGUCGUAAUGGCAAUGGCAACUAGGUUGAAUUCAUUUGGUGGUGGGGCUAAACAUUCAGAGAACAUCGUUUGUAUUUGUCUUUUGUUUUGUUGAUGUUUUGCUUUGUGACAGCUUGAUGCAUUGGAACUGUUUUAUAGUGAUUGUUAAUACUAUAUUCCUCAUUUUUAAUUUGCAUUUUGUAUGAGUGGGAGAGGGACCCGAGUUAUUGCAUCAGGAUGUGUGUCCCUGAAAUCAAAAUGACGAGGUGGGUUACUGGAAUGCUAAGGCUGGAUUGGUUUAUUAGAAGGAGUAGUGUCUAAGUCACCAUGUAUGUGAAGAGUUUUUGAGAACAAUGAUGGAACAUGUAAGAUAUUGAGUGUCUCCUUUCUUUUGCUGCAGUAUGUUACCCACUUUUGCCUCAGUUUGCUGUUUUGAUGUGGCUUUGGUUUGGUUUGAAGGGCCAAAGCUUGGUUGGUAUUUACACUUGGGGUUGUUGAUGGGCAUGCUUUUAUAAUGGGGUGAAGCACCUCUUGUGCUUAAUAUUUUGGCUU